UUCUUACUGUGGCUGAGAAAUCGACAGUCCAGUUGGGUCCCAGCUCAGUGAGUCCCUGCUGCAAGAAGUGAGCAAGGGGAACUCCAGGGAGCCCAGGACCGCCACAGGGUACCCACCCUGCCCCGAGAAGCCCCUCCAGAGGUCAGGGGCAGAGCAGGUGCAGAGACGCUGCAGCCACUCACUGCUCAGCCUCCUGAAUGAUGCCCACCCCAUGCUCCCUAACCUCCAGCCUGGCCCUCCUGGUGCUGCUGGGCACUGUCAGGGCAGGCCCCUUCUCUCCAAGGUUCAACAUAACGCGCCCAGGCCCUCGGCCCCCACCCCAGCCAGGAGGUCAUACAGCAGAGCCAGGAGUGGGGAGCCCCUCUGCUCAGCUUUAUGAGCACACUGUGGAAGGAGGGGAGAAGCAGGUGGUGUUCACCCACCGCAUUAACCUGCCCCCUUCAGCUGGCUGUGGCUGCCCCCCAGGCACUGAGCCCCCUGCCCCUGCCUCAGAGGUGCAGAGCCUGAAGGUCCGUCUAGAGAUCCUGGAGGAGCUGGUGCAGGGACUCAAAGAACAGUGCACCGGGGGAUGCUGUCCUGUCACUGCCAAGGCUGGCACAGGUCAGACCGACACCCGCAGCCUCUGCAGCCUGCACGGCGUGUUUGACCUCAGCCGCUGCGCCUGCUCCUGCGAGCCGGGCUGGGGUGGGCCCACCUGCUCCGACCCCACCGACGCCCCGGUGUCCCCCUCCUCGUCGCCGUCCUGCCCAGAUGACUGCAAUGACCAGGGUCGCUGUGUCCGCGGUCGCUGCGAGUGCUUCCCUGGUUACACAGGCCCGAGCUGCAGCUGGCCCUCCUGCCCCGGGGACUGUCAUGGUCGCGGGCGCUGCGUGCAGGGCGUGUGCGUCUGUCGGCCGGGCUUCUCGGGCGCCGACUGCAGUCUGCGCGCCUGCCCGCGGGGCUGCAGUCAGAAGGGGCGCUGCGAGGACGGGCGCUGCGUGUGCAACCCGGGCUACACGGGCGACGACUGCGGCGUCAAGAGCUGUCCCCGGGACUGCAGCCAGAGGGGGCGCUGCGAAAAUGGGCGCUGCGUGUGCAACCCGGGCUACACGGGCGACGACUGCGGGGCGAGGAGCUGCCCUCGGGGCUGCAGCCAGAAGGGGCGUUGCGAGGACGGGCGCUGCGUGUGCGAGCCGGGCUACACGGGCGCCGACUGCGGCUCGCGGAGCUGCCCGUGGGACUGCGGCGAGGGCGGGCGCUGCGUGGACGGCCGCUGCGUGUGCUGGCCCGGCUACGCGGGUGACGACUGCAGCAGGCGCACCUGCCCGCGGGACUGCCACGGCCGUGGGCGCUGCGAGGACGGCGAGUGCCUGUGCGACGCGGGCUACAGCGGCGACGACUGCGGGGUGCGCAGCUGCCCCGGAGACUGCAGCCAGCGCGGGCGCUGCGAGGACGGGCGCUGCGUGUGCUGGCCGGGCUACACCGGGCCCGAUUGCGGCGCCAAGAGCUGUCCUCGGGACUGCCGCGGCCGCGGGCGCUGCGAGGCCGGCGUGUGCGUGUGCCACCCCGGCUACGGCGGCGACGACUGCGGGGUGCGCAGCUGCCCCGGGGACUGUCGCGGGCGCGGGCGCUGCGAGAGCGGCCGCUGCGUGUGCUGGCCGGGCUACACUGGCCGGGACUGCGGGGUGCGAGCCUGCCCGGGCGACUGCCGUGGGCGCGGGCGCUGCGUGGACGGCCGCUGCAUAUGCAACCCGGGUUUCGCGGGCGACGACUGCGGGAGCCGUCGGUGCCCCGGGGACUGCCGCGGGCGCGGCCGGUGCGAGGACGGCGUGUGCGUGUGCGACGCGGGCUACCAGGGCGAGGACUGCGGGGCGCGCAGCUGCCCCGGGGGGUGCCGAGGCCGUGGCCAGUGCCUGGACGGGCGCUGCGUGUGCGACGACGGCUACGAAGGCGAGGACUGCGGCGUGCGGCGAUGCCCCCGCGACUGCAGCCAGCGCGGCGUGUGCCAGGACGGCGUGUGCGCCUGCUGGGAGGGCUACGCGGGCGAAGACUGCGGCCUCCGCACCUGCCCCUCCAACUGCCACGGGCGCGGCCGCUGCGAAGAGGGACGCUGCGUGUGUGACUCGGGCUACACUGGCCCCACGUGCGGCGUCCGCACCUGCCCAUCCGACUGCCGCGGCCACGGGCGCUGUGUGCAGGGCGUGUGCGUGUGCCACCCCGGCUACAGCGGCCCAGACUGCGGGCAGGACGAGCCUCCCGCCAGCGCCUGCCCAGGUGGCUGCGGGCCUAGAGAGCUGUGUCGAGAGGGCCGGUGCGUGUGCGUGGAGGGCUUCCGAGGCCCGGACUGCGCCAUCCAGACGUGCCCCGCGGACUGCCUCGGACGGGGAGAGUGUCUCGAGGGCAGCUGCGUCUGUCAGGAAGGCUAUGCCGGGGAGGACUGCAGCGAGGAGAUACCAGCCAUUGAGAACAUGAGGAUGCACCUCCUGGAGGAGACCACAGUUCGGACAGAGUGGACCCGGGGUCCCGGCACUGUGGAUGCCUAUGAAAUUCAGUUCAUCCCCAUGUUCUCUCUUUUGCAGACAGAAGGGAUGAGCCCCCCAUUCACAGCACGGGUACCCAGUUCUGCCUCAGCCUAUGACCAGAGAGGACUGGCCCCUGGUCAGGAGUACCAAGUCACUGUUCGUGCCCUUCGAGGGACUAGCUGGGGUCCUCCUGCCUCCAAGACCAUCACCACCAUGAUCGAUGGCCCCCAGGACCUCCGUGUGGUGGCUGUGACACCAACCACACUGGAUCUCAGCUGGCUACGUCCUCAGGCUGAGGUGGACAGAUUUGUGGUGUCCUAUGUGAGUGCUGGCAACCAGAGGGUGCGUUUGGAAGUGCCCCCGGAGGCAGACAGGGCACUACUGACUGACCUGAUGCCAGGCGUGGAAUAUGUGGUGACUGUUACAGCAGAACGGGGCCCAGCAGUAAGCUACCCAGCUUCCAUCAGGGCCAAUACAGCGCCCGGCCACUACAGUUACCCGGAGGUGCGCCCCCCACCCCCUUCUCCUCAGCCACGUCCCGGGCCCCAACCAUCCCCUCCGCUGCUCCCCCCUCGGCCCCGUCGGCCCUCGCGCCCGGCGGAGGAAGUGGGGCCCGAGUCUCGGCUCCCGCCCAGCCCGCCGCAGCCCCCUCGCCGGCCUUGGGGCAACCUGACGGCCGAGCUGGGGCGCUUCCGCGGCUCGGUGCAGGACCUGGAGCGCCACCUGCGGGCCCGCGGCUACCCUCUGCGGGCCAACCAGACCUACACGGCGGUGGCGCGCCACAUCCACGAGUACCUGCUGCGGCGGCAGGCGGCGCCCCCCGCGCCUCCACCCCGCCGCCCCCACCCCACCGCCAGCCCCAACGCAGGCGCCAGGAAGCGGGACUCCAGCCAGGGCAGCUACGACAGGGGGACUGUACCCCGCCACCCCAAACCCGAGGUGCUAGGCUUUUCGGCUGACGGCACUCUGCUUGUGUCCCUCGACGGGCUCCGAGGCCACUUCGAGCGCAUGGUGCUGCGCUGGCGGCCCGAGCUGCCCGCAGACGGCCCCGGCGGCGAGCUGACCGUGCCCGGCACCAGUCGCACCGCCAGCCUGCCCAACCUCAAGCCUUCCACCACCUACCACGUGGAGGUCCACGGGGUGCGUGCGGGGCAGACCUCCAAGUCCUACGCCUUCGUCACCACCACAGGGUCUUCCCCAACUGGCUUCUUGGGGGCCACUGAUGAGCCUCCUCCCUCAGGUCCUUCAACGACUCAAGGGGCCCAGGCUCCCACCCUGCAGCAUCGCCCCCAAGAGCUGGGAGAGCUAAGGGUGCUGGGCAGAGAUAUGACAGGGCGCCUCCACGUGACCUGGACUGCCCAGCCUGACACCUUUGCCCACUUCCAGCUGACCUUACAAGUGCCCGAGGGGUCCUGGGUGCAUGAGGAGCUACUGCCUGGGGAUGUCCACGAGGCUCUGGUGCCCUCACCACCUCCUGGAGUCGCCUAUGAGCUGACACUUCAUGGGGUUCUCCCAAGUGGCGAGCCCUCUUCCCCCCUCACCUACCAUGGCAUUAAGGAGAAGCCCGAGAAGCCCGAGAAGCCCCUCACCCUACCACGCCUAGGGGAGCUGACAGUGACCGAUGCCGCCUCCAGCUCCCUGACCUUGCAUUGGACAGUCUCUGAGGGCGAAUUUGACUCCUUUGUGAUCCAGUACAAGGACAGGGAUGGGCCUCAGGUAGUUCCUGUGGAGGGGUCUCAGCGUGAGGCCCUUAUCACCAACCUGGAACUCAACCGCAAAUACAAGUUUGUUCUGUACGGGAUGGUGGGCAAGAAGAAGCACGGACCUCUGGUGGCUGAAGCUAAGAUCGUGCCUCAGAGUGAUCCCAUCUCAGAGACUUCACCCCGCCUGGGAAAGCUGUGGGUGACAGACCCCACCCCAGACUCUCUGCAUCUCUCCUGGACUGUUCCUGAGGGGCAGUUUGAUUCCUUCCUGGUCCAGUACAGGGGCAAGGACGGGCAGCCCCAGGUGAUUCCUGUGGAGGGGCCUGAGCGCUCUGCCACUGUCUCCCAGCUGGCCCCUGAUCACAAAUACAGGUUCACUCUGUUUGGGAUUGCCAACAGGAAGCGACAUGGCCCACUCAUGGCUGAGGGCACUACUGCUCCAGAGAAGAAACCUGGUCACCCAGAGCCCCUUGAACAGCCCCUGCUGGGGAAACUGACUGUGAAUGGUGCCACCCCAGACUCCCUAGUCCUCUCUUGGACCGUGGACCAGGGCUCCUUUGACUCCUUCAUGGUCCAAUACAAGGAUGCUCAGGGGCAGCCCCAGGCAGUCCCUGUCAGGGGGCAUGAGAACACAGUCACCAUCCGAGGCCUGGAGUCCAAUCGGAAGUAUAAAAUGAACCUCUAUGGCCUUCACGGCAGGCAUCGCGUGGGGCCUGUGUCUGUGGUGGCCAGCACAGCCCCCCAGGAGGUUAUGGAGACGCCCACAGAACCACCUAGCACUGAAGCUCCAGAGCCCCCUGAGGAGCCCCUCUUGGGGAAGCUGACAGUGACAGGAUCCUCCCAGGACUCCCUGAGCCUCUCCUGGACAGUGCCCCAGGGCCACUUUGACCGCUUCCUGGUCCAGUACAAGAAUGGAGACGGGCAGCCCAAGGUGGUGCGGGUGCCAGGGACCCAGGACUGGGUCACCAUCUCAGGCCUGGAGCCAGAUCACAAGUACAAGGUGAACCUGUAUGGCUUCCACAAUGGCCAGCGUGUGGGGCCCAUCUCUGCCACUGGGGUGACAGCCACAGAGGAAAAGACCCCCACAGAGACAGAGGUGACUCCCACUGAACCACCCAGCACAGAGGCACCAGAGUCCCCUGAGGAGCCCCUCCUGGGGGAGCUGACAGUGACAGGAUCCUCCCAGGACUCCCUGAGCCUCUCCUGGACAGUGCCCCAGGGCCACUUUGACCGCUUCCUGGUCCAGUACAAGAAUGGAGACGGGCAGCCCAAGGUGGUGCGGGUGCCAGGGACCCAGGACUGGGUCACCAUCUCAGGCCUGGAGCCAGAUCACAAGUACAAGGUGAACCUGUAUGGCUUCCACAAUGGCCAGCGUGUGGGGCCCAUCUCUGCCACUGGGGUGACAGCCACAGAGGAAAAGACCCCCACAGAGACAGAGGUGACUCCCACUGAACCACCCAGCACAGAGGCACCAGAGUCCCCUGAGGAGCCCCUCCUGGGGGAGCUGACAGUGACAGGAUCCUCCCAGGACUCCCUGAGCCUCUCCUGGACAGUGCCCCAGGGCCACUUUGACCGCUUCCUGGUCCAGUACAAGAAUGGAGACGGGCAGCCCAAGGUGGUGCGGGUGCCAGGGACCCAGGACUGGGUCACCAUCUCAGGCCUGGAGCCAGAUCACAAGUACAAGAUGAACCUGUAUGGCUUCCACAAUGGCCAGCGUGUGGGGCCCAUCUCUGCCUUUGGGGUGACAGAUGCAGUGGAAGAGACCCCCACCCCCACAGAACCACCCAGCACAGAGGCCCCAGAGCCCACUGUGGAGCCCCUCCUGGGGGAGCUGACAGUGACAGGAUCCUCCCAGGACUCCCUGAGCCUGUCCUGGACAGUCCCCCAGGGCCACUUUGACUCCUUCACCAUCCAGUACAAGGACAGGGAUGGACAGCCCCAGGUGGUGCGUGUCGGGGGCGAGGAGAGAGAGGUCACUGUGCAGGGCCUGGAUGCCGGGCGCAAGUACAAGAUGCACCUGUAUGGGCUGCAUGGUGGCCAGCGAGUGGGCCCUGCGUCCACUGUGGGUGUGACUGAAGAUGAGCCUUCUCCAGUCACUACGCCCCCCCUGGAGCCACGCCUAGGACAGCUGACAGUGACGAGCGUGACCCCCAGCUCCGUAGGCCUCUCGUGGACAGUCCCUGAGGGCAAGUUUGACUCUUUCGUGGUCCAGUACAAGGGCAAGGAUGGGCAGCCCCAGAUGGUCCCAGUGUCCAAAGACCAGCUCGAGGUCACUAUACCUGGCUUGGAGCCUGCACGCAAAUACAAGAUGAAUUUGUAUGGGCUGCAGAGUGGGCAGCGCGUGGGUCCCCUUUCCGUGGUCGCUAUGACAGCUCCUCUCCCCACAGUCCCAGCUACUGAGCCACCACAGGAGCCACAACUGGGGGACCUGACCGUGACUGACGUGACCCCGGACUCUGUGGGCCUCUUAUGGACAGUCCCGGGAGGUGAAUUUGACUCCUUCGUGGUCCAGUACAAGGACAAGGAUGGGCAGCCCCAGGUAGUGCCAAUGGCUGCAGACCAGCGUGAGGCCACCAUCCCGGGCCUGGAACCCAAUAAGAAAUACAAGUUUUUGCUAUUUGGAAUUAAAGAUGGGAAAAGAAGCAGCCCACUUUCAGUGGAGGCAAAGACAGUUGCCAGCCCAGGAACCACACCCCGUCUUGGGGAGCUGUGGGUAACAGAUCCCACACCAGACUCCCUGCACCUCUCCUGGACAGUCCCUGAAGGCCACUUCGACUCCUUUGUGGUCCAGUUCAAGGACAGAGAUGGGCCCCGGCUGGUGCCUGUGGAGGGCCAAGAGCGCUCAGUCACCAUCACCCCUUUGGACGCCAACCGCAAAUACAGAUUCCUCCUCUAUGGCCUGCUAGGCAAGAAGCGCUAUGGCCCCCUCACCGCUGAUGGCACCACAGAGAACCGUGGCUCUCAGGAUGAUACUGGAAUAAAGCGUCUCCCAAAACCACGUCUGGGGGAGGAACUGCAGGUGACCAGUGUGACACCAGACUCUGUGGAUCUCUCAUGGACAGUGACUGAGGGCCAUUUUGACUCCUUUGUAGUCCAGUACAAGGACAAGGAUGGGCAGCCUCAGGUUGUGCCUGUGGAGGGCAGCCUUAGGGAGGUCAGAGUGCCAGACCUGGACCCUGGCCGCAGGUACAAGCUGCUGCUUUAUGGGCUGCAUCAGGGCAAGCGUGUGGGACCUCUCUCCACCACUGCUGUGACUGGCCACAGGGAAGACAUUGGAACAACGACUUUGACCUCAAAUACUCCAGCACCUGAGGUGUUUCUGGGGGAGCUGACAGUGGUAGAGGCCACACCACAUACCUUGCAUCUCUCCUGGAUAGAGACUGAGGGAGAAUUUGACUCCUUUGAGGUUCAGUUCAUAGACCAGACUGGGAAACAGGAAGUCCUCACUGUAGGGGGUGACCAGAAAGACAUCACUCUCUAUGACCUGGAGUCAGACCACAGAUACUUGGUGAACUUGUAUGGUUUCCAUGGCCAGCAGCGUGUGGGUCCUGCCCAGGUGGAGGCUCUGACAGUGCUAAGAGAGGAAGAGGAUGAACCUUCUGAACCUCCCACCAUUUCCUCUGAGCCUCCCUUCAAGCCCCUUCUGGGGGAGCUGACAGUAACAGGAUCCUCCCAGGAUUCCCUGAGUCUCUCCUGGACCAUCCCUGAGGGCCAUUUUGACUCCUUUGUGAUCCAGUACAAGAAUGGGGAUGAACAGCCCAAGAUUGUGCAGGUGCCAGGGCACCAGAACUGGGUCACUAUCUCAGGCCUGGAGCCAGAUCACAAGUACAAGGUGAAUCUGUAUGGCUUCUAUAGUGACCAGCGUGUGGGGCCCAUCUCUGCUGUUGGGGUGACAGAUGCAGUCGAAGAGACUCCCAUCCCCACAGAACCACCCAGCACAGAGGCCCCAGAGCCCCCUGAGGAGCCUCUCCUGGGGGAGCUGACGGUAUCAGGAUCCUCUCAGGACUCCCUGAGCCUCUCCUGGACAGUCCCCCAGGGCCACUUUGACUCCUUCACCAUCCAGUACAAGGACAAGGAUGGACAGCCCCAGGUGGUGCGUGUCAGGGGCGAGGAGAGAGAGGUCACUGUGCGGGGCCUGGAUGCUGGGCGCAAGUACAAGAUGCACCUGUAUGGGCUGCAUGGUGGUCAGCGAGUGGGCCCCGUGUCCACUGUGGGCGUGACUGAACCUGAAGGUGAACCCACCAGCCCUCCAGUGAAGCCCCUCCUGGGGGAGCUGACAGUGACAGGAUCCUCCCAGGACUCCCUGAGCCUCUCCUGGACAGUCCCCCAGGGCCAGUUUGACCACUUCCUGGUCCAGUACAAGAAUGGAGACGGGCAGCCCAAGGUGUUGCGGGUGCCAGGGACCCAGGACUGGGUCACCAUCUCAGGCCUGGAGCCAGAUCACAAGUACAAGAUGAACCUGUAUGGCUUCCAUGGUGACCAGCGAGAGGGCCCCAUCUCCACUGUGGGUGUGACUGGAAAGGAUGAAGAAAUGACUCCAUUCCCAACAGAUGGACCUACUACUACCCCUGAGCCUCCCUUUAAGCCUCACCUAGGGGAGCUGACAGUGACAGGAUCCUCCCAGGACUCCCUGAGCCUCUCCUGGACAGUCCCCCAGGGCCACUUUGACCGCUUCCUGGUCCAGUACAAGAAUGGAGACGGGCAGCCCAAGGUGGUGCGGGUGCCAGGGACCCAGGACUGGGUCACCAUCUCAGGCCUGGAGCCAGAUCACAAGUACAAGGUGAACCUGUAUGGCUUCCACAAUGGCCAGCGUGUGGGGCCCAUCUCUGCCAUUGGGGUGACAGAUGCAGUGGAAGAGACCCCCACCCUUACAGAACCACUCAGCACUGAGGCCCCAGAGCCCUCUGAGGAGCCCCUCCUGGGGGAGCUGACAGUGACAGGAUCCUCCCAGGACUCCCUGAGCCUCUCCUGGACAGUGCCCCAGGGCCAGUUUGACCGCUUCCUGGUCCAGUACAAGAAUGGAGACGGGCAGCCCAAGGUGGUGCGGGUGCCAGGGACCCAGGACUGGGUCACCAUCUCAGGCCUGGAGCCAGAUCACAAGUACAAGGUGAACCUGUAUGGCUUCCACAAUGGCCAGCGUGUGGGGCCCAUCUCUGCCACUGGGGUGACAGCCACAGAGGAAAAGACCCCCACAGAGACAGAGGUGACUCCCACUGAACCACCCAGCACAGAGGCACCAGAGUCCCCUGAGGAGCCCCUCCUGGGUGAGCUGACAGUGACAGGAUCCUCCCAGGACUCCCUGAGCCUCUCCUGGACAGUGCCCCAGGGUCACUUUGACCGCUUCCUGGUCCAGUACAAGAAUGGAGAUGGGCAGCCCAAGGUGGUGCGGGUGCCAGGGACCCAGGACUGGGUCACCAUCUCAGGCCUGGAGCCAGAUCACAAGUACAAGGUGAACCUGUAUGGCUUCCACAAUGGCCAGCGUGUGGGGCCCAUCUCUGCCUUUGGGGUGACAGAUGCAGUGGAAGAGACCCCCACCCCCACAGAACCACCCAGCACAGAGGCCCCAGACCCCCCUGUGGAGCCCCUCCUGGGGGAGCUGACAGUGACAGGAUCCUCCCAGGACUCCCUGAGCCUCUCCUGGACAGUCCCCCAGGGCCACUUUGACUCCUUCACCAUCCAGUACAAGGACAGGGAUGGACAGCCCCAGGUGGUGCGUGUCGGGGGCGAGGAGAGAGAGGUCACUGUGCGGGGCCUGGAUGCUGGGCGCAAGUACAAGAUGCACCUGUAUGGGCUGCAUGGUGGCCAGCGAGUGGGCCCCGUGUCCACUGUGGGCGUGACUGAUGCAGUGGAAGAGACCCCCACCCCCACAGAACCACCCAGCACAGAGGCCCCAGAGCCCACUGUGGAGCCCCUCCUGGGGGAGCUGACAGUGACAGAAUCCUCCCAGGACUCCCUGAGCCUCUCCUGGACAGUCCCCCAGGGCCACUUUGACUCCUUCACCAUCCAGUACAAGGACAGGGAUGGACAGCCCCAGGUGGUGCGUGUCGGGGGCGAGGAGAGAGAGGUCACUGUGCAGGGCCUGGAUGCCGGGCGCAAGUACAAGAUGCACCUGUAUGGGCUGCAUGGUGGCCAGCGAGUGGGCCCCGUGUCCACUGUGGGUGUGACUGUGGCCCAUGACAUUGUGGAGAAGACCCCCACCCCUACAGAACCACCCAGCACAGAGGCACCAGAGUCCCCUGAGGAGCCCCUCCUGGGUGAGCUGACAGUGACAGGAUCCUCCCAGGACUCCCUGAGCCUCUCCUGGACAGUCCCCCAGGGCCAGUUUGACCGCUUCCUGGUCCAGUACAAGAAUGGAGACGGGCAUCCCAAGGUGGUGCGGGUGCCAGGGACCCAGGACUGGGUCACCAUCUCAGGCCUGGAGCCAGAUCACAAGUACAAGGUGAACCUGUAUGGCUUCCACAAUGGCCAGCAUGUGGGGCCCAUCUCUGCCUUUGGGGUGACAGAUGCAGUGGAAGAGACCCCCACCCCCACAGAACCACCCAGCACAGAGACUCCAGAGCCCCCUGAGGAGUCCCUCCUGGGGGAGCUGACAGUGACAGGAUCCUCCCAGGACUCCCUGAGCCUCUCCUGGACAGUCCCCCAGGGCCACUUUGACUCCUUCACCAUCCAGUACAAGGACAGGGAUGGACAGCCCCAGGUGGUGCGUGUCGGGGGCGAGGAGAGAGAGGUCACUGUGCAGGGCCUGGAUGCCGGGCGCAAGUACAAGAUGCACCUGUAUGGGCUGCAUGGUGGCCAGCGAGUGGGCCCCGUGUCCACUGUGGGCGUGACUGACUCUGAAACUGUGACUACUCAAGUCUCACCCACCACUACCUCUGAGCCUCCCUUCAAGACUCUCCUAGGGGAACUGACCAUAACUGAUACCACCCCAGACUCUCUGAGCCUCUCCUGGACUAUCACUGAGGGCCAGUUUGACCGCUUCCUGGUCCAGUACAAGAAUGGAGACGGGCAGCCCAAGGUGGUGCGGGUGCCAGGGACCCAGGACUGGGUCACCAUCACAGGCCUGGAGCCAGAUCACAAGUACAAGGUGAACCUGUAUGGCUUCCACAAUGGCCAGCGUGUGGGACCCAUCUCUGUCUUUGGGGUGACAGAUGCAGUGGAAGAGACCCCCAUCCCCACAGAACCACCCAGCACAGAGGCCCCAGAGCCCCCUGAGGAGUCCCUCCUGGGGGAGCUGACAGUGACAGGAUCCUCCCAGGACUCCCUGAGCCUCUCCUGGACAGUCCCCCAGGGCCACUUUGACUCCUUCACCAUCCAGUACAAGGACAAGGAUGGACAGCCCCAGGUGGUGCGUGUCGGGGGCGAGGAGAGAGAGGUCACUGUGCGGGGCCUGGAUGCCGGGCACAAGUACAAGAUGCACCUGUAUGGGCUGCAUGGUGGCCAGCGAGUGGGCCCCGUGUCCACUGUGGGCCUGACUGCUUCCCUGCCCACAGAGCCCCCUGUGGCACUUAGCCUGGGGGAGCUGACUGUGGUCUCUGUGGCCUCAGACACAGUGCACCUCUCAUGGACAGUGGCCCAGGGCCCCUUCGAUUCCUUCCUGGUUCAGUAUAAGGACUCCCAGGGGCAGCCCCAAGCAGUUCCUGUGGAUGGAAGCCUCCGUGAGGUCAUCGUCUCUGGUCUGGACCCUGCUCGCAAGUACAAGUUCCUACUCUUUGGACUCCAGGAUGAGAAAAAGCAUGGCCCUGUAUCUACAGAGGCUAAAACCCUCCCAGACAAAAAACCUUCUCCCCGCCUGGGCGAUUUGACCGUGACUGAUGUCACCCCAGACUCUGUGGGCCUCUUGUGGACGGUCCCAGAGGGAGAAUUUGACUCCUUCGUGGUCCAGUACAAGGACAAGGACAGGCAGCCCCAGGUGGUGCCGGUGGCUGCAGACCAGCGCAAAGUCACCAUCCCAGGCCUGGAACCCAAGAAGAAAUACAAGUUCCUGCUCUACGGGCUGGCAGGCAGGAAGCGGCUGGGCCCAGUCUCUGCUGAGGGCACCACGGCUCCCCUGGAGAAGGAGCUUCCACCCUUGCCCCGCCUGGGGGAGCUGACACUGACAGAUGAGACCCCAGAUUCCAUCCAUCUCUCAUGGACUGUAGCCCAAGGCCCCUUUGAUUCCUUCGUGGUGCAGUACAGGGGUACAGACGGGCAGCCUCGGGCUGUGCCUGUGGCUGCAGACGAGCGUGAGGUCACCAUAGAGGGCCUGGAGGCUGGCAAGAAAUAUAAGUUUCUGCUCUUUGGGCUUUUCAGAGGGCAACGCCUGGGCCCCAUCUCUGGCCUGGGAGCAACAGCUUCAGCAGAGGACACCCCAAUUCCUGGGAUCCCUGCCACAGAGGCCCCUGAAGGACCCCGCCUGGGGGUACUGACUGUAAACAGUGUGGCCCCAGAUGCCCUGCGCCUCUCCUGGAGUGUGGCCCAGGGUGUCUUUGAGUCCUUUGUGAUCCAGUAUCGGGACACAGAUGGGAAGUCUCAGGCCUUGCUCGUGGAUGGUGACCAGAGCACGGUCCUCGUGUCAAGCCUGGAGCCCAGCACCCCCUACAUGUUCUCUCUGUAUGGCCUCCAUGGAGGGAAGCGCCUAGGCCCCAUCUCAGCAGAGGGCAUCACAGGGCCAGCACCGCCUGCAGGUGAAAUCCCAGGGGAGCCUCGGCCACGCCUGUCCCAGCUGUCAGUGACUGAUGUGACCACCAGCUCACUGCGGCUCAACUGGGAGGCCCCACCUGGCGCCUUUGACUCCUUCCUGCUCCGCUUUGGGGUCCCAUCACAGAGCAGUCUGGAGCCCUACCCACGCCCCCUGCUCCAGAGGGAGCUGACAGUGCCAGGGUCACGUCGCUCAGCUGCAAUUAGGGACCUGAGGCCAGGGACCCUAUACAACCUCACACUGUACGGGCUACGUGGACCCCACAAGGCCGACAGCAUCCAAGGAAGCGCCCGCACCCUCAGCCCAGUUCUAGAGAGCCCGCAUGACCUCCAAUUCAGCGAAAUUGGGGAAACUUCAGCCAAGGUCAGCUGGACGCCCCCACCAUCCAGAGUGGACAGCUUUAAAGUCUCCUACCAGCUGGCAGAUGGAGGGGAACCACAGAGCGUGCGGGUGGAUAGCAGAGCUCAAACCCAGACACUCAAAGGGCUGGCCCCAGGCACUCGCUACGAGGUGACUGUGGUCUCCAUCCGCGGCUUUGAGGAGAGCGAGCCUCUCACAGGCUUCUUCACCACAGUUUCUGAUGGCCCUACUAAGUUGCAAGCACUGAACUUGACAGAGGGAUCCACUGUGCUGCACUGGGAUCCCCCACAGAACCCAGUGGACACAUAUGAUGUCCAGGUCACGGCACCAGAGGCCCCAUCUCUCCAGGCCUCAGCCCCUGGCAGUGCUGUGGACUAUCCCCUGAGUGGCCUGGAGCUCCACACCAACUACACCGCCAUGGUGAGGGGCCUCCGAGGCUCAAACUUCACCUCCCCGGCCAACAUCACCUUCACCACAGGGUUGGAGGCCCCCCGGGACUUGGAAGCCAAAGAAGUGACUCCCCGCACAGCCCUGCUCACUUGGACUGAGCCCCCAGACCCACCAACUGGCUACCUGCUCAGCUUUAACACCCCUGGGGAACAGACCCAGGAGAUCCUGCUCCCAGGAGGGGUCACCUCUCACCGGCUGCUGGGCCUCUUCCCCUCUACCACCUACAAUGCAUUUCUUCGGGCUGUGUGGGGCGAGAGCUUCUCUCCACCCAUGCCUACCUCCUUCACCACAGGAGGAUUGAGGAUCCCCUUCCCCCGGGACUGCGGGGAGGAGAUGCAGAAUGGGAUCAGCACCUCAAGGACCACCACCAUCUUCCUCAAUGGCAACCGAGAGCGGCCCCUGGAUGUGUUUUGUGACAUGGAGACCGACGGGGGUGGUUGGCUGGUGUUCCAGCGCCGCAUGGAUGGAAAGACGGACUUCUGGAGGGACUGGGAGGACUAUGCCCAUGGUUUUGGGAAUAUCUCCAGGGAGUUCUGGCUGGGCAACGAGGCCCUGCACAGCCUGACGAGCUCCGGUGACUACUCAUUGAGAGUGGACUUGCGGGCUGGGGAUGAGGCUGUGUUCGCCCAUUAUGACUCUUUCCGAGUGGACUCAGCUGCUAAGUACUACCAGCUCCACCUAGAGGGCUACCAUGGCACUGCAGGGGACUCCAUGACCUACCACAGCGGCAGUGUCUUCUCCGCCCGUGAUCGAGACCCUAAUAACUUGCUCAUCUCCUGCGCCGUCUCUUACCGUGGAGCCUGGUGGUACAGGAACUGCCACUAUGCUAACCUCAAUGGGCUCUACGGGAGCACAGUGGACCACCAGGGAGUGAGCUGGUACUACUGGAAGGGCUUUGGGUUCUCAGUGCCUUUCACGGAAAUGAAGCUGAGACCAAGAAACUACCACCCUCCUGCCUGGGGAGGCUGAGCCUCUGCUCACUGCUCCCGCUGCCCAGUUCUGACUGCCGAGCACUGAGGGGUCCCCUCCCCCCACCAAGGAUGAGCCUGGAGCCACCUACAUCAUCCAGCCACAGGAGGAGCCUUCACCCCAUCUCACUGCACUAUGUUUACAGAGGGGAGGGAGGGGGGUUUACAAGAGCAAUAAAAGUUGAAACUGAG